CUUGCUUAUUACAACCUUUGUUGCAGAGUGAAAAACAUAAAAUAGAUUACACUUCCCAGGAACACUACACGGAACCAGCAUCUGUUAGACAUCAGCUGGGAUUUGCACUCGCACGCACAAUUGGCGCUGCCCUGACUUGCUUGGGCAUCACUAGCCAACAUCUAGGAAGGGGGACGCACGGGCAGGCCGCCGCCCACACGGUUAGUCGGCGUUGGCGGGAGCCGACACGAUGGAGGCUUCCACUUCCACGCCGGCUGCGGAUGCGGGCGCGGGGCCCAGCACCAGCGGGCAGACCGCCGCGCCCAAGCCGACGGUCAUCCUCGUGAUUGGUAUGGCGGGCUCGGGCAAGACGACGCUCAUCCAGCGCAUCAACGCGCACCUGCACGCCACCAAACGACACGGCUACAUCAUCAACAUGGACCCGGCCGUCGCCAGCCUGCCCUACGGUGCCAACAUCGACAUCCGCGACACGGUCAAGUACAAGAACGUGAUGAAGCAAUACAACCUCGGGCCAAACGGCGGCAUCCUCACCUCCUGCAACCUCUUCGCAACGCGCUUCGACCAGGUGAUCCAGUUGUGUGAGAAGCCGCGCGACCCGCCCCUGGAAUACAUCGUGGUGGACACGCCUGGACAGAUCGAGAUCUUCACUUGGUCCGCCAGCGGCGCCAUCGUGACGGAGCUGUUCGCCAGCUCCUUCCCCACCCUGGUGGCGUACGUGGUGGACACGCCGCGUGUCACCAACCCCCAGACAUUCAUGUCCAACAUGCUGCAGGCCUGCUCCAUCCUGUACAAGACCAAGCUGCCCAUGCUGCUGCUUUUCAACAAGGUGGACGUGGCGCGCCACGAGUUUGCACUGGACUGGAUGAAGGACUUCGACGCCUACACAGCGGCGCUGGAGGCUGACUCCUCCUAUGCGGCCACGCUGUCGCGCUCGCUGGCGCUGGUGCUGGACUCGUUCUACGCCAACAUGCGCGCGGUGGGCGUGUCGGCGCUGACGGGCGAGGGCAUGGAGGAGAUGCUGGCGCAAGUGGGCGAGUGCGCCAAGGAGUACAAGGAGUUCUACGUGCCCGAGCUGGAGAAGGCCAAGGCCGACAAGGCAGCUAAGGAGCAGGCGCGGCAGACGACCGAGAUGGCGAAGCUGCAGGCAGACAUGGCCAAGUCCCAGAUCGGCGGCGGGGAAGCGGAGGGGCAGGGGAAGGUGCGGGAGGCCGGGCCGGCGGGGGUGGGGGCAGCGGGGGCGAGGAAGAUGGAGGUGGACGAGGACGAGGACGAGGACGAGGCGGAGGACGAGGACGACGAGUGAAGACUGGCGGGUAGGGACGGAUGCGUGGGGCGGAUGUGUCAGCUGUGGCGCAGGAGCAGGGACGUGGUGUUGAGGUGAGGUGAACGCGAGACGUAGCAUGGGGUUACCGCGUCAUUUGAGCGCAGACUGCGGCCUUGUAUGUGAGGAAAGUCCACUGAGGCCAGGGCAGCCGCGGCGUGUGAAACCCGAUCCCGGUCGA